AUGGUGUCCUUGAGGAACCUAAUUGCUUGUCUAGCCGGUGCAGCAGUCGCCGCAGCUUUACAUAUUCCAGCAGACUCCGCGUACGCACCAAAGCACGCGACAUGCCCAGCAACACCACUUGUUCGGGGUGCUACCGGCAUCUCUGCCGCUGAAUCCGACUAUAUCACCCGGCGACAUCGCAAGGCUUCAGCAGCCUUGAAGACGUGGUUGAGAUCUGUUGAUGAGGGGUUCGAUUCAGUGAGCAAAGAAUGGCCUGCACACAGCAGCGGAAAAGGUGCGAAAGCGCCUGUCGUUGCGCUUACAUCGAGUGGUGGUGGAUACAGAGCUAUGCUUAGCGGUGCUGGUGUCGUCAAAGCUUUUGAUGGACGUGAGAAAGUCAAGACGGGCGUCAGUGGACUCUAUCAGGCCCUCACCUAUGAAGCAGGUCUCUCCGGCGGGUCUUGGCUUCUAUCGUCUCUCUCAGCGAACGACUACCCGACAAUCAGCUCUCUCCAGAAAAGCCUUUGGGAGGAAGCACUUGAAAGUAGCCUCCUGGUCACUAGUAUUCUGGUCUCGACUCCGAAAGACACCAUUUAUUCCACGGUUGAAGCGAAUGUUAAAGCCAAGCGAGAUGCUGGCUUCGAACCAACCAUUAUCGAUCCUUGGGGUCGACUUCUUGCCUAUGGUCUUCUGUACGGCGUUGACGGAGGCGUCCGUGCCACCCUGUCUGGCCUAACGAAAACCUCCAGCUUCAAGUCCUAUAUGGCACCAUACCCGAUUAUCACGGCUCUCGGAGUCGAGACUGGGUCGUGUAUUCCGGAGGUCAACGCCACACAGUACGAGUUCCAUCCAUAUGAGUUUGGUUCAUGGGAUGCUGGUGUUGCGGCUUUCGCUGUCUCCAAGUAUGUCGGCACGUCCUUCUCCAACGGCCGUCCGAUCAAGAGCUGUAUCACAAACUAUGAUCAGCUCAGCUACGUACUUGGCACAUCUUCCAACGUUUUUGCAGCAGCGUGCACGCCCGUCCCCGCCAAUAAUUCCGCCGAUGCCUCACUAGUACAAAACUUUGCUGCCUUCGUCUCCAAGCCCGGCUCUGACGUCUCCGUGCGCGAGACAUUUGGCCUGUUCCCAAAUCCUUUCCAAGGCCGUCACGAUUCUCCAGAGGUCUCAGGUCUCUCGACUCUAGAGCUCGUUGAUGGCGGCGUGGGUGUUGGCUAUCAGGGCAAUCCGAUUUGGCCGUUCCUAUAUCGGUCGGACGUAGAUGUCAUCAUCGUUAACGAAAACUCGGCCGACACACGCGACAAUUAUCCCGAUGGUACACAAAUCGUCAAUACCUAUAAGGCAGCAGUAGCAGUGGGUUUAAAACGCAUGCCAACGAUCCCUUCCGUGGAGACCUUCGUGACCAAGAAGCUGAACCAGAAGCCGACGUUCUUCGGCUGUCACAGCACGGAGGCGGCCACAAUCAUCUUCAUCCCCAACUUCAACUACACAUUCACAAGCGGCCAGCCGACGUCCAAGAUCCAGUAUCAUCGUAACGAAACCGUAGGAAUGAUAAGCAACGGCGUGGAGGUAGGCAACUAUGGUGGCAAGGACAAUUGGCCGUUGUGUCUAGCGUGCGGUAUUACAAAGAAAAAUGGCAAGAAGCUGCCAGACGGAUGUGCAGCGUGCUUUGAAGAGUAUUGCUUCAAUUAG